UGACAGUGAAAUUGGGGGAAACACCCUCGCACAGUUUUUGUUGAUUUCUUGGCGUUUUUUCGCCAAAAUAGCUAUUUUUGCUGGUCAAAAAUUGUUAAUAAACCUACUGUGAAAGAGAUGUGUCGUAUCCUAAUUUAUGGAUGUCAUGCAGUUGACAAACAAAUCACCACAGAAGGCACACAAACAUUAAUAUCGUGCAGACAAAUAAUCGGUGACAACAAGGAAGAUUUUACAAAGCAGGAAUAUAAAGCUGAAAUUCUCAUAAAUCAUGCACAAUUUCCUGAUUUGCAUGAAUUGGUAUUUGUACAAUCGGUAAAAGAGGAAGAACCAGAAGUUAAAAGUGAAUCCGAUGAGCCGUAUCAGGAGUUUGUCGAGGCAAUUGCAACGUUCUCAGAAAAAGAGGAAUGUGAAAGGAUUAAAUCUUCAGAAAGUGAUUCUCCUGCCCCAGACAAUGAUGACUACGAAGAAGGGGAUGAAGAGGAGGAAGAAGAAGAAGAUGUAAAACCAGUGAUAAAGAAAAGAAAACCCAGAAAAACUGAUCCUGAAGCACCAUACAAAUGUUCUCAUUGUGAAAAAAUUCUCAAAACAAGACGCACCUACCGGACCCACAUAAAAAUGCACCGAGAACGGAAAUACAUCUGCGAAUUGUGUUCUAGGGGCUUUGUAAACUUUGAAAAAUUGAAGAGACACAUGCGAAAGCAUACAGGAGAGAAGGCAUUUGCCUGUACAAUAUGCCCAAAAUCCUUCAAUUCUCGUCACCAUCUAGACGUUCACAUUCGCAGUCAUACAAAUGAGAGGCCCUUUAAGUGUCAUCUGUGUCCAAAAUCCUUCCAGUCCAAGUCAAAUCUCAAUCCUCAUCUCCGUGGACAUACUGGAAUUAAAUCAUUCGUUUGUGAAGUUUGUGGCAAAGCUCUAGCUACCAUGGCCAGUCUCACGAAACACAUGAAUAGCCAUGAAGAUGUAAAAUUCGAAUGUUUCGUCUGCCAAAAGAUAUUCUCAUCAGUAGGCACAAGAGAUCGGCACCUGAAAACUCAUACCGGCGAGAAGAAACACAAAUGCACAAUAUGCGAUAAAGCUUUUGUCCGGAAAGAUCAUGCUAAGAAUCAUAUGCUCAUGCACGUCAAACGUGGCAGAGACAAGCAAAUUGAUGACUCCAAGGACGACAAGAGAAACGAGAGAUACCAAGAAUUUGAUGCAGAAAUUGUGAUAGCCCAUGCCAGAUUUCCUGAAUCUCACAAAUUAGUAUUUGUUCAGAAUGCUAAAGAAGAGGAGUUUGAGGUCAAGAGUGAAACUGAAGAACUUGGAGAAGUGGUCGUACCAAUUGAACCAUAUUCACCAAAGGAAGAAUCUGACAGACUGAGGUUGUCCGACAGUGAAGAUCAAGAACGAGAAAAUGAACCAAAGGUUGAUCCAUUGAAGAAGAGAAGGAAAGUACGAAAACCACAGAAACCUAUUUCUGACGCUCCAUACAACUGUUCAGAAUGCGGAAAGAUCCUCAAAGCCAGGCGAACCUAUCUCACUCACAUGCAUAGACAUCGCAAACGGAAGUAUUUCUGUGAACUCUGUUCUAGAACCUUCACCGACCUAGAAAACCUAAAGAGGCAUAUGCGUAAACACACGGGAGAGAGAGCAUUUCCCUGCAACAUCUGUCCGAAAUCUUUCAAUUCUCGCUACCAUCUCGAGGAUCAUAUUCGCAUCCAUACAAAUGAGCGCCCCUUCCAAUGUUCCCACUGUCCAAAUGCCUUCCCAUCCAAGUCCAAUCUUCAUUCUCACAUGCGAACUCAUGUGGGAGUGAAGGUGGUCUGUGAAUUAUGCGGAAAAACUCUAUCGUCAAUGUCUUGCCUCACAAAACACAUGACCAGCCACAAGGAUCUAAAAUUUGAGUGUUCUGUCUGCAAGAAAACCUUCUCCUCCAUUGCAAUACGCGAUCGUCAUGUAAAAACACAUACCGGAGAGAAGAAACACAAAUGCAACAUUUGCGAUAAAGCUUUUGUCCGAAAAGAUCAUGCUAAGAAUCAUAUGGCUAUGCAUGUCAAGCGUGCCCGGGAUAAGCCAUAUCAGAUAGAUUAUUUAGCUAUGUGUAGAAUAUUAAUCUAUGGAUGUCACAGUGUAGAAAACCAUAGUACGAAGAAUGGAACGACUACAAUUGUUUUCUGCAGGAAAGAUGAGGUUGGCCAGGAUCAGAAACCUCUGGAUGCUAAGUUUGAGUCAGAAAUAUUCUUAUCACACGAUGUCCUGCCAGAGACACGUGAAAUCAUGUUUGUGCCAUGGGUCAAUAAGGAGGAAUUUGAAGAGAAACUGGAAUCUGAAGAACCCCAUCAGGAGAAAGUGGAAGUGAUUGCAUAUUUUUCUAAUGAUUCCAACGAUGAUGAGGAGGAUAUUGCUAAUGAUGAUGUAGUUAAGGAGGAAUGUGAGGCAGAAGAGAUUGAGAAGCCAGUCAAAAGGACUCGUCGGAGAAGAAUGUCCGGAAGUGAAAGGGAUCAGGAAGCGUAUGACUAUGUGACGGAAAAUGGGCGAUUGAAGUGCUCUCAGUGCUCAAAAACCCUCAAGACUCGGCGUAGCUACAGGAAUCACAUGAAACUCCACAAGAGACGAAGAUUCAAGUGUGACAAUUGUGGCAGAGGAUUCUCCAGCAUCGAGAAACUAGAGCGACACAUGAGAAUUCAUACCGGCAAAAAGCCCUUCCUAUGUGAACUCUGUCAGCGCAGCUUUGACUAUCGCCACAGCCUGGAUGUCCACAUGAGAAGCCACACCAAGGAACGACCCUAUUCCUGCGAUCAGUGUACAAAAACCUACACAACCAAAGGGAAUCUCAAUCUGCAUCUCAGAGCUCAUGCCGGCAUCAAGUUAUUCGUUUGUGAACUCUGUGGAAAGACCUGUGACACCAGAGGAAACCUCCGCAAACAUAUGGAAAUCCACAAUGACGACAGAGUGUUUGAAUGUAAAAUCUGCCAGAAGACAUUCCUUCAUCCGGCAUCCAGGGAUCGCCAUCUGAAAUCCCAUACGGGAGAUAAAAAACACAAAUGCGACAUUUGUGAUAAGAAAUUCAUGAGACGGGAUCAUGCAAAGAAUCACAUGGCAUUGCAUAUCAAAAAGGGCAAGGAUAGAUUCUAGUUUUGAACCCGGAUUCAGCAUUUUUCCCCGCCAUCCGGAAGCACAUAACCUCACAUUUGACUAUCCGAAGCGCCGCCUUGCGUCAGGUAGUGAAAUGUGCGCUGGCACUUUCCCGCUACUUUUGUCCAUGAUGAAAAGAAAAUUAGUUUUUCACAAUAAUUUUCCAGUAAUUACAGCAUUUAAUGUAUCUAAAUAAAAUAAUAAAGUGGAAAAAAAUAAUUAAAA